CCAUUCACCAUACCUCUAGUUGUGGUUGUGAUGUGGCUAGCCAGCUAGCUAGCUGCCGAAACCAGUUGUACAGUAUAGAGAGAAUGGACCUCUCUCAAGUUAUUCGCAUUUUAAUGAACUUACUUUGUCUGGUAUUUAUUUUUUCUAAAAGUGAAGGACGUGAACUAGACUCAAACUAUGUUACAUGUGGAUCUCUCGUGAAACUACUGAACACCAGGCACAACGUCAGGCUACAUUCUCAUGAUGUAAAAUACGGAUCAGGUAGCGGUCAGCAGUCUGUGACGGGAGUUGACAGCGCAGAUGAUUCGAACAGCUACUGGAGAAUCCGUGGGAAGCCCGAUGUCCUCUGUCAGCGUGGAUCUCCCAUCCAGUGUGGGCAGCAAAUCCGAAUCACUCAUAUGACAACUGGCCGCAACCUUCACUCUCAUCAUUUCAGCUCUCCUCUGUCAAACAAUCAGGAGGUGAGUGCCUUUGGUGAGAGUGGUGAAGGAGAUGACCUAGAUGUUUGGAUGGUGCAGUGUGGAGGCACCUACUGGGAUCGGGAUGAUUCGGUGCGCUUCAAACACGUGGGCACCGACGCUUUCCUGAGCGUGACUGGAGAGCAGUACGGUUCCCCCAUACGUGGGCAGAGAGAGGUCCAUGGGAUGCACUCCCCCAAUUAUCACAACUACUGGAAGGUUAUGGAGGGUGUAUUUAUUCAGCCAAGCAAUGAACCGCUCCGACAUGAUGAGCUCUAAUGACAUCAUAGACUGUACAGUUACAUCAGGAACCAGAGAUCUGAAGAUUGUGUGUGUGUAUAUGUACUCAUUUCUGUGUUUGUGAGUGUAUAACUGUGUGUGUGUGAGCGCGUGGGCCUGUGCAUGUAAGUAUGCAGCUGCAAGAGACCACAUGAAGUGUGAGUGUUUUGUGAAUGGUUCCUUCAUCCAAAUUUAUGUCGGGAUUGUUGUGCCUACUUUUAUAUGUCUGAAUGUAUGGUUUUGGUAAUGAGAUAUUUAAAAUUUUCAUUGGGUCAGAUUUUGUUUUUUAUGAAAAAAACUUGAACACAGUUCAAGGCAGACCCCAAGCUCUACAAACUGGUGAACAUCAGGAUGCACAAGGGAAGUUGCUUCAAAUGGGUAUUCUGGUGCCUUCAUCCUUGGUUGGACUGUGAAUCCAUACCUUCCUUUGGUUUUUUUUCUUAGUUAAAAGGCACAAUAAAUAUUUGGUUGAGA